AGCGCGCCAGUCACCGACUGUCGAGCGCGCUUCACGAACGCGCGUCCCGCGUACUUUCAAAUUUCGAACGCGAUCGAACAUAGACACGAUAAUUUUGUGUUUUUUCUCAAUUCGACCUUUUUUCUGCUUGAUUUAUUUUUAAACGAGUCUUUUGGGACAGUGAUAGUGUUUAGUGAGGUGCUUUCUUUUUUAUUUUGAAAUAAAAUUGUUUAUUUUGAAAAUGUUUGCGGAUUUGUUUUGCUGCGUUAUCGGCUAGAUAACCGGACAGAAUACUUUUUUGACAGCAUCGGAGCAGCGAGCGUCCGCCCCCGAGGAGAUGCAGGCUCGGCACAGCAUACUGUGGCACCUACUCAUUGACCUGCCUAUACUGUUGUUAGUGGCAGCAGUAUGCAUCCUACUAGAAGUGGGCGCGCUCCCGAGCCGGCGAGCUGGCUUCAUGUGCAACGAUCCAGCAUUGUCGUACCCUCACACGGGAGACACCUUCUCCAUAUCGCUGGUGGCAGCCAUCACUGUUAUUGUGCCUUAUUUAGUUCUAUGGGCAGUGGAAACAACUCUUCAACGCGAAGACGAAUACCUGAAGAAGAGUAAACUCCUCACCAGCGCGAAGACUGCUGCCUUCAUCUACAGAGACUAUAUCUAUGGAUCAGUCUUCAACCUGACCAUCUUGGAGGUGGUGAAGUGCGUCGUGGGCUCUCCGAGGCCAACCUUCUUUGAUUUGUGCCAGCCUGAUAAAGCUAGUACUUGUAAUGAUUCAGAGUACGUGAGCAACUACCGUUGCACAUCCACGAAGUACUCCCGGUAUCUGCAGAUCGACUCCAGUCGCAGCUUCCCGUCUGCGCACGCGUCGCUCUCUAUCUACUGCGGAUUGUUCUUGGCUUGGUACCUCCAACGCCGCGCCUUCAGCUGGCACAACCGCUCAGUACUCCUGGUACCGCUACUGCAGAUCCUCUGCAUAGUGUACGCCGCUGUGUGCUCGCUCAGCCGGCUCAGCGACCACCGGCAUCACUGGUGGGAUGUGCUGGUUGGCGGCGCUAUGGGCGCGCUCAGUGUUCUGUAUACGGUCCUAGUUCUCUGCAAGAACUUCUCACAGCCAGCCGUAGUCAGCACGAGUGACAUCUCCAGCAGUGACGGUAACAACCACCAGUCUGUUCGGCGGCUUCUCUCCAGCGACGCUCAUGUGGUCGUGCCCUAGCCUCAAGCAGUGUAAGCGCCAAGCUUACGUACAUAUCUGACUUGAAGUGAGUUCUUGAGUUGAAGUGAAGUGAGUUCGUUUGAAUCCGUGCUCAAAGAACCCAACGGAAUUCGAAUUAGGAGUUCUGAAUCUCAGUUGCGUAGAGCUAUUUUGUUUUAAUGAGAUGUAGAUAUUUAGAAUUCUAGUUGAUUUCUUGGAGAUUUUUGGGAGCGUUUUUGGAUUGAAAUGAAUUGGUUUAUGUUGAGUUCGUAAUGUUGAAGUCCUAAUCUUAAGCAAUGUAAGCCUCGAGGUUACUUGAUUUGUAAGUUGGACGAAUAAGAACUUUUUGGAAUUGUUUAAAUUUUACUUCAUUGACUGGGAAAAAAUUGUUGAAAUGUGUCAUUAAUGGGUCUGUUUUAGUUUAUAUCGAAUGAACGAAAUAUCUCUUUGGUUUGGAGAAGAAUCAAAAAUGUUUUAUGUUAAUAAUGUGCGUAGAAAAAGAGUCUUUGAAUAAAAAAUAGGUAUAGAUUAUUUUAUUGAAUUAGAGGUCGUAGAAGACUUGAAGAAAUGUUCUGUUAGCUUAGAAUGUUAGGAUGAGCAUUGUUCAAAUAUUCUAAUUAGUGAUACAAAAUUAAUUUAAUUUGCGAACGGUGUUGAAUUGUAAAUAAAAAGUAGUUUUUAGUAACUUUAUGUGCGAGUGAUCUGAUUGGGGAAUUGUGAUUAAAUUCUGAUAUGUCAUUGUAGUGAUUCGAUUUCAUGAUUUUUACUUAGGUAUGCCUAGAAGACACUGCUUUGUAAUUGAGUAAAAAAAGCACAAGCAUAAGUUUCAAAUGGUAUCAAACAGAUCAAAACUAAUUAUAUUUAUAAAAGUAACGUUUUAAAAAUAGAUGCACUAAGUGAUGAUAUUUUCGUGACAUAGAAAUUCACUUAGCAACCCCAUGAGACUAUCCUUUUAUCUUAAUUCCCCUUUGAAAAGGGGAUGUCCCAUGUUUUCUUAGAAGCAUCAUAAUUUUAAGGGGAACAGCCCCUGUAGGUAACUUUGUUUACAAAGACAAAUUGGAUCUGUCAUUUGUUCUUUUUUUUAAGGAGAAAUAAUCGGGGUGGUAGGCCAAACUUUUUCAUUUUUUUUUUUAACCGAAUCUAUAAUGACGGUUAUUGUUUUUGGAAAUACAACUUUUUUCAUAAUUACUAAGUUUUUCAGUUUGCAAAUUAUCCUGACUCUCAAUAUCUCUUUCUAAUUCAAUGAGUAACGGUUUCAUUAGGAGUUAAUUAAUUAAAUGUUUCGCCUAAUAAUUAUUAAACAAAGAGUCAUUCGUAGUUGUAUAUUUCAUUAUAAUUAAAUAUUAAGUUAAUUAUAAAUGAGACCAGUGAUAUUGUAGUGCAGAUUUAUUAUAUAAAUUGUGUGUAUUUUUGUACAAAUUAAUUUUAUUAUUGUUAAAAAUAUACACAAUUUAUUGAAAUAAUAACACAGUGCAGCAUUAAUAUUUAAAAUAAAAAUUCAAUGUAAUAGAACUGUUUCACGGCGUAACUCUACUUACUAAUUUAUUAAUUAAUUGUAAUAUUAAAUAUUAUUAAAAUACGUUUUUUAAUAAUAACAACAUUUUGACAGUAUUCACUGCUUAGUACCUGUCUAGUCGUAAGGUAAUUAAACAUUUAUUUUUAUUUAUUGUUAACAUUUUUUCAUAAAACAUUGUUAAAUCUACCCACCUGUAUUUAUAAUUAAAAUAACAACAUUAAUAUUGUUUUUACCGGUAUUGGGUAAUAAAUGGAAAUAAAUUAUUAUUUCAGCAGAAAAAAAUAAUAAUUUUCUAAUUUUCUUUUUAAGAAUUUGACAUUCCUGUGCAUUUAGUAUACUAAUAGUUUUAGUCUUUUCUAUCUGGAAUUUUGUAAAUAUUAUUUUUAAGGUGUAGAUGUGUGUCUGUGGCUGACUGAUGUCUGUAUGCGAAAUUGUAUAAAAUAAAAUGAAUUAAACAAAAAAA